AUGUUAAAUAGUAAAGAGGUUAAGAAUUCUCCUAGUUUAAGUGUGGUCAUUAAUGCAUUUACUGGUGAGGUGAUAGAUACAAAUUUACUUUAUUUCGUAAAUCUCAAUGAUUUUAAAAACUUUAUCUCCAAUAAAUGGUCUAUUGCACUGGAUUCAAUAUUGAUCCUAUUGUCAUUUGGAAAUAAAAUGAAUGAGAAAUACUUUAACGAUAUAAUUAAGAAUAAUAAAAGUGACAAUGAAAAGAUAUACAUAUUUGAUAAAAGAUUAUUCUCUAUUACAAAUAAUCCAGAUGACAAGAUACCUAAACAAAGUAAACUUACAACUAAUAAGACUAGGGACAAUACAAACGAUGGUAGCAAUGUUAAUAAUAACAUACAAAAAAGGAUAGGUGAAUUGUUAGUACAGUUGAAGAGAAAGGAAAGAGAUUACUUUGAUCAAUUAGUCAAACCUAUGUUAUCACCUUUGGUUGAUUUAAAUCUAAAUUAUUUUUAUAAUGAAGAUAGUAACGAUUCUAAACACCAAAGGAUUGUAAGCAUUAUUGCCACAAAUUUAGGAUGGUUAAGUGCUUUGGAGAUUGACAUUAAUUAUUAUCAACGAUUAAUUGAAGAUAACCUCUCUGGAAUUCAAAACAUAUUAGAAUCAUUAAAAGUGUCACAGCAAUACCUUCAAAUAUAUUGUUAUGAUGUUGAAACUUUAUAUAAUUCAAAUGUGACAUAUCUCAAUAUAUUGAAUGAAAAUAAAAUUAGGGACUCUUGGGAGGAUUUUUUUGAUAGCAAGCUGACACAAUUGAACAAUAUUAAUUCAAAACCUUUAUCGACAUACUUCAAUAAACAAUAUUUGAUAGAAACCAGCAAAGCAUUGAAAAUUCUGGACUUUAAUCUAAAUAAUGAUUUGAAAACUCAUAAAGUGACUGUUAAUAAUAAUCUACUGUUGAGGAAAAAAGUUGAAUGUAAUAUUGUAGACAUCUUUAGCACGUAUUCAACAGAAAACUUAAAUUUUGAGCUAGAAAAAACAAUGUUAAAUAAAUUUUCAGAUAUAUUAGAAAAUGUACGAUCAGUAUCUCAUGAAUUGUUGGAAAAUGAGGAACCAAAUAACUCUUAUACCAAAGAGGCAAUUGAAAAAAUAUCUGAGCUUAAAAACAACUACGUACAGAAAUUGCAUACUAUAGCAUUAGCAUUAUAUACCCAAACUACUACGUUGUUAGAUUUAAAGUAUAAACUUCAAAGAGAAGUUGUCAGGAUAAUGGGUCAAAUAUCAUAUAUCCAAAUAGAAAUUCUGAAUGUAAAGAAACAUUUAUUAAAGGAUGUUACUAAACGCUUAGAGAAAUAUCAAACUUACGAAUUGGAACUUGCACAUGUACAAGACAUCCCAAUUAUAUAUGGUUUAUUCAUUAUUGAAACAUUUCGACGUAAUGAUUGGUUUAUUAAAUUAAAUUUAAGUUCCUCAACUUCAUCAAAACAAUUAAUAAAUAUGAUAAAAGAUGAAAAAAUUGUGAGGAACCAAUGGCAAACCAAAUUCCAAUCAAAUACCAAAUAUCUAAAAAAUGAACUUCUUAAUAUAGCAGAUUUAGACAAUUUUUAUGAGAUGUUCAAUCAUAACUUAGAUACUAUUCCAGUUAAAUCAGAAUUGUCCAUAAAGGAAUCUGAAAUAUUAAAAUCAAAGUUGAGAAUAUUCAUUGAAUAUUAUAUUGAAAGAGUAAAAGAACUAAAAUUAGAUGAUGACAUCGUUGAUUCAUUGAACUCAUAUUAUAAUUCUGUAGCAUUAACCAACGUUACUGUAAUUGACAACGAGAAGGAUAUCCUUGAUAACCAAAACAUUAUAAGUCACUAUGAAAAAAGAAUCAAAAACUUAGAACUUCUAUUACAUACAGCAAGUAUUUCGAAUCAUGAAAAUUGGCCUACUGGACUAUUAAAGUCAAAUUUCAAAUACUUCAAAAACGAUUUACGAUCAAUGAAUAGCAAAACGAAAUUGUCAAGUUCCAAAUUUUCUAAUUCUAAUUUUGAAAUAGUUGAUAGAUUAAGAAUUGACGAUGUUGAAGAAGAGCUAAGGAGAGUUAAGCAAAAAAUGGACAUGACUCUUAGAGACAAUUAUUCUUUGAGUGAAAAAUUAACAAAAAUAACAAAUGAUAAGGUGAAUAUUGAAGUGGAAAGGGAUGCUUAUAAAGAAACUCUUUCUCAUCUGAACAAUGAACUAUCUAGAUUAACUACUAUUGAAGCAGAUAUGCAAAACAUACUUUCAAAUAAAGAACAAACUUUCAAGGAUAAUAUGAUAAAAUUAGUAAAUGAGAAUAAGUCUUUACUUGUUUCUUUAUCGUCUGAAAUUGAGAAAAAAAAUAAAAUCAGAGAUGAGCAGAAACAAACAGAACAGAUUAUUGCAAAAAAUAAUGAACAAAUACAGGAACUAAGAACACUUAUAGAUGUUCAAAAGGAUAGUAGCGCAGUAGCAACUAAAACGCUAAAAACUGAAUAUGAGGAUAUAAUCAGUAAUCUAAAACAACAAUUGAGAGAGAAAGACACACAGAUCAAUAGCAAAUUUGUUGAUAACAUGAAAGAUGGAUCUAAUAACGGACAAAUCAUAAAGAAAGGUGGUACUGAUGAUACAACAGUAUUAGAUACUAGCAUAAAAAUAGAUAAUCAAAAAAAGCAGGAAAUACAGGUUCUUGAUUCACGACUUAUUGAAUCUGUUUAUAAUAUAGUCUCUUCCAAUAUUAUUGUACUUGAAAAUAUUGGUUUAUUGUUAUCGUUUGAUGAUGACCAUAAUUUAGAGAUAAAAAGAGUUAAAGGCUUGAAGAAAAAUAUGAAUCAAAGUAUCUUAGAUGAAUCAACUUCAAUAAAUCUUACUAGAUUUCAGACUCAAAGCAAUGUUUUACAAGAAAUAAAAUCAGAGUUUGGACAUCUGAUAACGGGUUGCACUGAAGAAGAUCAAAUCAAUUUUAUCAAGAAAAUAAAUGAAAUAUACAAAGAGAAGCUUUACGAAUCAGCAGUAAUAAAAAGAUUUGAUGAUAUAGAGACAUUAGCCAAAAAGUUGACAAAAGAUAAUAAAUCAAAAAAAAAAUUAAUUGAUAGAUACAUGAUGGAAAAAAUUUCUCUUAAUAAAUUUGAAGUUGGUGAUUUAGCCUUAUUCUUGCCAAUGAAAGAAAAUAAUGCAACUGACGAGAAUUCAACUACUUCGUCUUGGAACUCAACGUUUUCAUCUGUUGACCUUCUAACACCACCUCCAUUUGACAAUAUUAUGCAGCCCCAAUACAAUCAAGUUUCAAAUAAGCUAAAGGAAAAGAAUACUAUUGAGGCACGCCCAUGGGCAGCAUUUACAGCUUUUGAAGAAACCUCGAGAUAUUUUUUGCAGGAUUCAAAUAAUAUCUCAAGAAACAAAGAAUGGUUCAUUGGGAAAAUAUCACAUAUGGAAAGAUUUGUUGCAGAUACGGCGAUUAACAACCCAUAUAGGGUUCCUAAAGGAACCGUUUGGUAUCAUGUUACUGCAACUUUAGAAUCAUACCAAUAG